GUUAAAUUCGUAUUUUUCUGAUUUUCCUGCUUCCAGGCUGUUUUCUCGCAGUUCGCAUUGGGCGCAAAGUAAUUUUUUGUAAAGGAAUUUUUUUUAAAUAUUUUAUUUGUGUUAGAUUUUAGAAGAACCUUUCUUUUCCGAUGUUCAGACCUGCUGCAUGCUGGACCAUCUGUCAGUCCGCACAGCAGGAAGGCGAUGUGUUUACAAUUUACUUACUGCAUAUUCAGCAGGUUUUAUUUUACGACUUUGCUGAGCCAUCAGCAGCUGCCAUAAGACAAGCUGCUGUCAUUUUCGUUUUCUCGAAAACCCAUUGAUUCAAAGAUGGAUGUCAGCUCGCUGGACCCGAUAGGGAUUUUUUUGGCCAUUUCAGGAGCCAAAGGAGAAAAACUACUUUUUCGCUACCCGUUUGAGCUUACGGAGAAGCGGAAGGUGCCUCGUGGAACUAAUCCGUACUCGCUGAUAAUAACCGAAGAUGCUCAAAAUCGUCCCUCGCAAGCCGAGGCGGAUGAUGCUAACAGGAAAUCACACCGAUCCUCCUCGCUGAUUGAUGAGCUGAGCAUUGGUGCUUCAGGCACCUCUAGUGGAAGACAGCGCUUGAAACUGUUCGAGGACAAGAUCUUAGGCAAUGUCUUCAGUGUCCGCAAUACGAUGUGCAACCGGAAGUUCGAAUGCAAAAUCGAUGAUGUAACUUUUGUCGGACAUCCUCAACUUGUCCAGACUGCUCAUGUGGUGAAAAAGACACCUUCCUCCGACAAAUGCCAGAAUGAAUACGCGCCGCCCCGCACUGCUCUUUCAGCGGUUCCUUCGUCUUCCCUCCAUAUGUUCCACAUUUUGUUUGCCCUCUCUGGUGAACAAAUUACCCAGUUCGUGGUCGACAGCUAUCAUCGUUUAGCGCAGAAAUUAGCCAUUGCCAUCAAUCAUGAAGAGAGCCGCGAAGGAUACCUCAACAAGAUGGUGAAACAGAUGAUCGCGCUGCUGGACAUGCACCAGAGCAUCGACUCCGAUUCGCAGAAAACGGAUAAGACCAAUCCUUUUGUGAUCGUCCUGGAGAAAAAUCUUCUGGCCAAGACAUUGAAGCAGGUAUUUGACGAGAUUGUGCGAAGAGGGACUAUUAAUGUGCGAAUAAAUGACUGGGUCCAAGUCAGCUUUUGUUUGCUGCCAAAAAUCCAUCGCAAUUUGGAAUUGACGGAUGAGGCUAUCCGAGAACAGAUUACAAAAAUGCGUCCAUAUCAUGGAUUGUUGCUUUUGGAAUCGGAACAGGAUAUUUUUGCUGACCUGCCCAUUGAUGCAUCUCCGAGCCUUGUGCGUUUUAUCCGGAUUAUUUCACCUUUAAGCAAUUUCCAGUUGCUUGCAAUGGAAGCCGGUGUCACAUUGUCGCAGGUGUAUGCCAUGGCCGGUCACUUGAUUUACUGGGCGAAAGCGCGUUUGAUUUUUCCGGUGUGCGAGAAUAAUGUCUAUGCGCUCGCUCCCGACGCAUCAACUAAAGUCAUCUCGGACACUUGUGAUGAAUUCGCACAGAAAUUUCCCGGUAUGAAUUUGAUUGAAAUACUUUCGGAUUUUUCUUUGCCAUUGCCGUUAAGGGAUAUGAUCAAUCCUUUCACGGAGAAUAUGGAUACUGGAAAGCUGACGCAGAUUGUCAUCUGGUGCUUGAAGCGAAAUCUGUUGAUACAGCUGCACACAUACGUUUAUUUGAUCCCCAACUCGGUAGACAAUUUGCGACAUCUUCAGAUGGAAGGGCUGAAUUGGUUAACUAUGCCCCAUGAUGUAAAGAAAAAGGUCACGGCUAUCCCGGUGGCGGGAAAUGAGAACCAUCACAACCAGGAUCUGGCAGUUUUUAUAAAGCUGUUGCCGUAUUUUCGCGGAAAUGCCCACUUAGAGGAAAUGAUGUUCAAUGCCAACAUUAAACGAUCUCAGCUUAUGACCAUUUUGGAUAAAUUUCGCGAUGUCCUGAUUACCGUUGUACACGAGGAUCCCAGUCUUCCUCCCGCUCUGGCAUGUACAGUGGGAAGUCACUCUCUUAAUGCGCGUCGUCAUUUUUCGGUGUCGGUUAGUGCACACAGUAUCGCGCAGUCGUGAUUUUUGGUAUAUUUGUUUGCAACGGCGCGACUGGCUUUGCCAUAUCGGUGAUUUACUGAGAGCAGCUGUUCAGGUCCUAACAAGGAGAAUACUGCUGCCGACAGUGACAAAUGUUUUUAUAAUUUUAUGGAACGUUUUAUUAGCAUGUUCUUAUAGUAGAAGAUGUUUAAUUUGGGAUGGGCUUUGAUUAGUUCUGUUUGACUUAAACUGGAAAUGGUUUUAUUUUUGAAUUUUUAUUGAUUUUAAUGUUUACUUGAGUACAGUAAUUAUGCUAUAUCUUCUUCGGAGCUGUUCUUGCUUGUAUGAACAAAAUUCAGUAUUCCGUUUA